CUCAAGGUUAAAGCCUUAUGGGUGUAAUGGGUUUUUGAAACGAUUUAAAGUUUCACAUGACUUUACGUGUGCUAUGUUAAAGUGCACAAACGCUGAACAUUAACAUACACAGUGGACAUGGAAAAUGUUUACGUGAAUGCUAUACAAAAGUUUUUGGAUAUUAAUUCAGCAAAUGAUUUAGAACAACUCUUGAGUAUCAAUAAGCAAACUCGAAGGAAUCAUUUGCUUCUUUCUGAUUCUCCAUCUGACUGCUCAACAACAUACUCAAGCGAUGAUCAGUGUGUUACAGCUUUCCCCGUAUAUAUAGAUGAAUAUGGGACACGUACUGGUGUAUUCGUAUCCUUAGUGAAAAACCAACCUUCCAAUCAAAGCGCUAUUUUCAUAUUCACUGAAUCACAAAAUCUCGAUGUCAAUCAAACCGAUGUUAUUUUAAUGGAUAUAUUUAUAUUGGAGGAUGUACUGAGUUGUGAAAUGGACCUUUCAGGUUGUAUCCAGUUAACUGGAAAACGAUUAGUGAACACUGUUCGUUUCGGUAAACAAUCAGUCUAUGAUAAUUUUCAUCCUUUUACAAUUCUAUGUAAUAAUAAUAAUAAUAAUGGUGAGCAGAACUCAACGCUCAAAGAAGAUAAUGGUGAUGUAACCACUGACAGUGAAUUAUUCAUAUCUGAUCGUAUAAAGAAAAUAAGUAAGGGGAGAAAACAGGAUGAAACCAGAGUUUCAAUCUUUAAAAGUAACACUGGAAUUUUUCACCAGCGAUGA